UGAUUUUAAAAGUAUUGUCAAAAUCUAUUUGGAUGAUAGUGGAAAAAAUAUACAACAGUUUAAAGAUAACUGACCAGGUUGGGAGUGGUGUAAACUUUAUCUUGACAGGCAUCCAUCAUUAAAAGAAAAAGUAUCUCAUUGUAUUUCAAGGAAACGUGCACAAAUUAAUUAUUGUCAAAUAAAAUUAUUUUUUCAAAAUCUAGAGAAGGAAUUAAAUGGAGUAACGCCAGAUAACAUUUACAAUAUGGAUGAAACAGGGUUUCAUGAUGACCCUGGAAAAAAAAACUUAUAUUUCGUCGAUCCUCUCGCCAUCCAGAACUUAUAAGAAACACAACAAAAACUUGUUACACUGUUGUUUUUUGUGAAAAUGCCUCAGGAAAACUAAUUCCACCAUUUUUCAUUUUUAAAGGAAAACACAGUUGGUCUGACUGGCUUUUCAAUGCACCAGAAGGAUCAAGAAUGGCAACUUCUUGCAGUGAUAUAACAUUUAUAUGUUUGGUACCCAAUUCCACACACCUUUUACAACCUUUAGAUGUUGGAUAUUUCUCGAGUUUAAAAGCUAAUUGGAGGUCAGUUCUUAAUCAAUGGCGUAAAACAUCCAGAAGAAAAAAGGUUAAUAAUCUGCCAAAAAAUUUAUUUACGCAGCUCAUUAAAUCUACUCUUAAUGUUGGUAAAGAAAAUCUAGAACAUAAUCUCCAAGCAGGAUUUAUGGCUACUGGCAUAUAUCCAUUUUUACCAGAACAUGUUCUCUCCAAAUUACCCAGUUUUACAAAUAUAGAUAUUCAACUCAAUAUUGGAGAAUCGUUUAGGAAUUAUGUUGAUGAUAUUCAUCUUAAUUAUGAAGUAAGCAAAAAAUUUAAGUUACCAAUAACAGCAGGGAAAAGUGUAUCACCCACUGAGGUAGAAGCAUACUAUAAGGAAAGAGACAAUAAAAAAAAAGUCAAGAUAAUAUUCGAGCAAAGAAAAGAGGAAGACCACUUGGAUCAAAUAAUAUGGUUAUGAAAAUAAACAAAAAACUUAAUAUUUUACAAAGUUCAAGCAUCGUAAAUGUUAAUCAAGUUAUUGAAGACGAUGAACAAGUUUUACCUGUAU